GUUUGCGACAAGAGCAAACUUGUCGUUUCUUAACCCAUCGCAUAGUUUACAAAGCCAAAUUUAAUCCUCGAACGAAUCCAUCUUUGUUUUUUGAGAGCUGGUAAUACAUCGGUGAUUUGAAGAAUAGAAAAUUGUUACGUAUGAUCAUUAGCGCUGAUUACAACACUGUGACAGUCGUCAACUCAAAACGUAAACAGACAAAAUGGCGGUCUAGUUGAACUAUAACUUAAAGCACAGGUUAUAGGUGGGUUCUAUUGAUUGGCAAUUGAAAAUGGAGAACUUUGUACUAUACGAUGAGAUCGGAAAAGGCAACCAUUCUAUAGUAUACAAAGGUAGAAGAAAAGGAACCAUCAAUUUUGUAGCUAUACAUUGCAUUGAGAAAGUGAAAAGACCUCAAAUAACUAAUAGGGUCCGACUGACUCAUGAACUUGACCAUGCUAAUGUAGUUCAUUUCCAUGAGUGGUAUGAAACUACUAAUCACUUAUGGUUAGUUGUAGAGCUAUGUACAGGUGGGAGUCUGGAGACUUUGAUAUCACAAGACGAACAUUUACCAGAAGCGGCUGUUCGUAAAUUUGGCAUUGAUUUAGUACGAGGAUUACAUUAUAUUCAUUCACUUGGCAUUAUAUUUUGUGAUUUAAGACCAUCAAAGAUAUUACUAGACGGAACCGGUAUUUUAAAACUUGACGAUUUCAGUUUGUCAAAAGUGGAAGAUGAAGACUUGGAGGAACUAUUUCAACAAUUUGAUGGUGACUCUGGUAGUCCGGAUAGUUCUUGUGAAAAUGAAAAGUCUCGAAGGCCGGGCAAAUAUUUAGGUUCACCAAUCUACAUGGCACCUGAGGUAGUAGAUGGUGGUAGUCAUUCCAUGGCUAGUGAUCUAUGGGCAUUGGGAUGUCUCUUGUAUGAGAUGUAUACAGGAAAGCCUCCAUUCAUGGCCGAAUUAUAUUCCGAUUUAUUAAAUAAGAUUUUGAAGCAUGAUUUCCCAGCACCGAGAGUGAGCGGCCCAAGAAGGCCGAAACCAUCUCCAGAAUUCUGUGAUAUAUUGAAUAAUCUGUUGAAGAAGAACUCUGACGAGAGAAUGGACUGGAAUAAACUUGUGUAUCAUCCCUUCUGGCAAGGUGCUCUAGUACACCCUGAUGAGAAGGAUACUUCAUCAGCAGCUGCCGUGACAACGACAGCCACCAUAGAGGAGCCACAGACUCAGGGAGGCAGUGACACCAUGACAUCAAUGCAAGACUUGCCAACAGAUACAGGAAUAUCUCUACAGAGCUCCAUCACUGGCUCUGCAGCAACAACAAACCUCAAGAAGUACAGCGUGAUUGAAUUAACACCCGAUAAACAAAGUGCGGCUGAGCGGUCACUGAAUCGUAGCCAGACGUUUAAAACACUGAAGAGCGAUAAAGGACAAGGUGAUAGGCCGCAGACAUCUCCUGAAGUCACUGAUAUCAAGGAAGCUGUGUUCAGUCUUAGUUCAAGGCCACGAACUACACAGAACACCACAUACAACCCUGACGAUCAUGCUGUAGAGAGCAGUCAGUAUAGAAAAAGUCAGGUGAAACAGAGUCGCAAGACAACGGGGAGGACUUCGGAAAUGCAGGGCAUGAACAUGGGACGUUUGAACCGAGACAGAAAACCAUCUGAUAGUCAUAGCGCUGAAAUGAAGGACUUGAUUUUUACCACAUGGGAUUUGACAGUCACACAGAUCAUUGACAAUCCUAAGAUCCAGAAGGUUGCAUCACUUAAAUGGGACAGCAAAGCCUUACCGAUGCAAGUACCAAGCAUGGAGAAAGUGAAGAAAUUAAAAACAGAGGAGGUUGAGGAUCUCUUGUUGGCCUUAGCUGAUACUCUGUCUAAAGCAAUAAAUGAUAAAUCAGCGAGUAGUCAAAGAAUGAGAGUACAACUCCUGAAUUAUAUUGCAUGUUUAGCUAAUGAAGCCAGUGUUGCUGCUCUCAUGAUCAGGUCAAAGCUGGUACCUGCACUACAACAACAAAUAAAGUCACCACAGCAUUUAGAAAUACGAUGUAAAGCUGCCAGACCGCUUGGAUUGAUGGCUCAUAAUAUUGAAGAACUUGAUGAAACUUUGAGUCUUACUGAGGUUGUGACUGCACUGACAGAAGUUGUUAGGGACCAUUUCCGUAAUGGCAAGUUAAAACAAGCUACUCUGCCUGCUCUUGGUGAAUUGCUGAACUUGAUAGCUACGCAAGAAGAACAGAAAGGCAGAGAAGUCGACAGCUGGUUGGUUCCAUCUAUCACAUAUACUAUGAUAAUUAGAUGUCUUCGAGAAGGGGAGGAUGCAGUGGUUCAACACUAUGCUGCUAAGAUAAUCGAGAGUGUUGCUACAACAACAGGAAUACAUGCCCUGAAGUUUUCAACCAAUGAAACUGGUUUGUUGCUAUGGUAUCUGUUCAACCACUCAACUGCUGAUUCACUGAAGAUUACAGCAAUCUCAGCUUUAUCUAGAAUCACUCGCCAUUCCGCAGCAAUCUUCCAGAGUGUAAUCGAUAAAGUUGGUCUUCCGGCAGCAUUGGAUUCCUUGGGUGUCAGUAUAUCACGGGUACAACAGGCCAUUGUUGCUAUGAUUGCUUACAUGUUGGUGGAAGGUACACACUUGCAGAAAUUCCUACAAGAUAAGGAACUAGUUCAAAAGGUCAUGAGGUUAUUGGAGAGUCCAUCAGUUGUCAUCCGAGGCAAAGUAUUCCUUGCUAUUCAAGAAAUUAUUAAAAAUAACACUGAAAUGCUGCUGAUUUGCUGCCAGUCAAGAUUGGUAAUGUAUAUGGAACGGGACAGCAGAAAACAGAAUUCUUCUAAAGUUGACAAUCAGGCAAUGUCGGACUACCUUUUAAAAUGUUUGGAUAUGCUGAAUAAUUACAUCAUUCAAGCUUUACCUCAAAUAUCAAGUGAUGCGAUUGAAGCCCUCAAUGCUGUCUUAGGGAGAAAACAUCCAUCUACUGUGCAAGCUAAGCAGUUGAAGACAUAUCUGCCACUACUUCCCAUACAAUUACAUCUUGUUACAAGCCAGAUAUUUCGUCCUCGCAUUAUUAAUGAAGGGUUCAUGACAGAUAUUGGUGUGCUGCUUUCCCAUUUGAAAUCAAUUGACAGUGGUGAAACAAGUAUAGAGUCAGCCAUUGGUGCAGUAGGCACAGAUGAUUUUAUCAACACGACAUUAUCAAUUGUGGAAGCAGUGACUCAACACCCUAACAUAUUAAUGGAGUAUCACGCUGUUGUAGCUGAGACAAUUUUGCCUCCCUUGGCAGCUCUCGUUACAAGUGACAAUGGUGACACAAGAGCUUUAUGCUUACGCCUCUUUUCUGAGAUUACGUCGUUGUUUUUAACCCAUGAGAACCUAGCACAGGAGACGACAAUCACUAACACUAGAAUCGUGGAUGAGAUCAUUGGCAAACAGCUUCUACCUCAGUAUGAACAGAUACUGUUGGAUCAAGAUCCCCUUCCUUCAUACGGUUUGAAGUUGCUCCUGGCAUUGAUUGAAAGAAGUCCGUCAUACAUCAGAGAUAUUCAAGACCUCAAUCUGGUUCCAGUGUUAUUUCAAGUAUUAGUUGAUCAUCAAAACAUCCCUACAUCCAGCGCAAUGAAGAACAUCUUAGCAAUACUACAAACUAUGGUUUUACAUAAGGAAACAAACAUGAGGUUAUUGUAUGAACAAGGUUUGGUGGACCAUCUCUGCAAUGUAUUUUCCCAGGCACAUAAACUGUAUAUCGACCUGGAUGAUAAAACUGACAACCGAGCUGUGACAGCGCUGCUGACAACACUACUUGAUUUAUUACUUGCUGUCCUCAAGCAUGUCUCCAAUAUCGUCAGACUUGUAUUACAGACAAAAAAAGGAGGGGGUGAGGCUGAUACACAAGGAGCGGAAAGUUUGUUACUGACUAAUAAGCCAUUUGUUGAGCUCACCAGUCAACUUGUGCAUUUGCUUUGUCAUGAAGAUAGUGAAAUCCAAAGCCAUGCCUGCAAUGCCUUGUCACUGAUGGCUCAGUUGUUUGGUGGUGAACACAAUGAUAUUAUGACUGUAGAUAGCAUGGAGUGUUUAUCUCAUGCCUUGCCUAAGUUUGACACCAAGAAACAGAAACUACUUCUCCGAGUCAUCAAAAGAGCUGUGACUGCUGAUAAACACAACGCCACAAUGUUGAAGGAGAAAGGCCAUGUGCUGAUAGACACUAUCAAAACCUUAGCACAGACAGCUAGUUCCCAUGCUGAUGUUGCUGUCUCUUCUCUGGCUGCGGACAUUUUGAAGUUAGUUGGUAUCAAGAUGUAACCUUAACAUUGCAUCAGAACCGAUAUUUAAAAGGUGUGAUGAUCAAUUACAGUGAAUCAAAACAGGAAAAACAGACUUCCUUAGAACUAAAAGUGUUAGUUUAUAAGGUCACAGCUACACCCCAAUUGGAUUCUUUUUAUUUUCCUAAUGGAGAAUGUCAACAGUAAUGAUGUAUAUUUUUGAAUUAUAGAAUUAAUGUAGACUAUCAAUGUGAAUGUUGUCGCAUGGUUUGAGAGUUAUAUUGAUCUAUACAAGCA